AUGUUUACUGCUGGAUAUCUAUUCAGAGACCUUUGGUCUGGUUCUCAGAGUGCGCCACCCAUCACAACGGAAGACCUCCUUCAGGUAUUCAAACAACACAGCCCAAAAGAUCCCUUCUCCAUGCUCACCAAGGAAGCUGUGCGUCAGAUUGUCAAGGAACAGAUCCAGAUUACUCCACAAGAAGAAAAUGUAUGCCCAACAGCAAGGGAAGAUAUUCUCCAUUUGAUCAAGCAGCAAGAGCAAAUUGAGGAGACUCUGCAGGAAGUAAAAGUCUCCACAGUCACAACAGAUGAUAUUCUUCAGAUCGUCAAAGAACAGCAAAGUGUAUACAGGAGACAAGUGCAUGCCUUCCCCCACAAGAAGAUUUCCAGGAACCACAAACACCGAACAUGCGAACCCAAGAUGAUCUUUUGCAGAAUCUUGUGGACAAACAGAUUCAAAAGACAUUGA